AUGUAUCGACCCGCGACCUUCGAUCCGCCCUGGGUCGAGUACUUUACCUCGCCAUGUCCAUCCUACGUGAAUAGCUUCAUGAAGUUCACGCUCUUCCCACAGCUGCCCGUAGGGGUUCAGCUAAUGAUCUGGUCUUUUGCGCAUAUAGGGGGCCAGUACAUAAAGAUUACAUCGGACGACGACAUGAUUCGGAGGAAGGUCGACACUCGAGAAAUCCCGCGAGAAGAAGAAGAAUUAAGGGAAUGGCGCUGUUUUUACAAAUACGAAGUUCCACCUCUGCUCCACACCUGCUACGACUCGAGGAAGGUGGCGCUGAGGACGUACCGUCUUGCUUUUGCGGCGCAGUUAGGACAUCCUGUCUUUUUUGACUUUGAGCACGAUGGUCUGAGCUUCGAUAGCCCUAUGGCAUUGAGUACAUUUGUCCAUUCCACGCCUAAAUUUGGUGUCUCGCCUAAGGAUGCAGAUUCUGUUCAAAGGGUGUCUUUUGAAUUUUCGAAUACUGUCCGCCCGGAAAUAACGAGUAGAUGGUGCAGAAAACUAUGCACCCACUUUGGGAGACUCAGGCUUAUGCGUUUGAUCGAUCACGAAGAUCGUGUGAGAGGCGAUCUUAUUUCAACAGAUCUCGUAAUAGGACAAUUUUUAGAGGAUGAAAUCUUCACCCCUCAGGAUCGAGAUCUCAUAACUUCUCUAAUUCCAGGGCGUCGAGGACGUUUAGAGGAGUGGGUGCCACCUGCAGUCUUGAUUGGGACACCGACACAAUGGAAUAACGAGAAGCUGUAUAAUUAUAAUGGAGAGCUAAAAAUCCCUUGUCCAAUAUUGGCGCUACCUGGCUUCGAGUUUACGCCACUAGAUGGCAGAGUUAACCCACUUGGUGAUAGACUUCCACUGGGAACGGCAAGGGGAGGAGAUGUUGUGAACGACCAGGUGAACGAGCAAGUGAACGACCAGGUGAACGAUCAGGUGAACGAGCAAGUGAACGAGCGAGUGAACGACCAGGUGAACGACCAGGUGAACGACCAGGUGAACGAGCAAGUGAACGACCAGGUGGAUGACCAGGUGGAUGACCAGAUGGAUGACCAGAUGGAUGACCAGGUGAACGACCAGGUGGAUGGCCAAGGUCUUCAAAGCGACGAAGACUAA